UAAUUAUCAGUCUAUAAUUUAUAAUUAUUUUGAAAAUACGAAACUACAUACAAUACUGGGUGGCAGCUGUCAAGCUUUUCUUUCAAGUUUUCUGUUGUCUGUUCUCAGUUCUGACAUUUCCAAUAUUUUUUGGCUGUUGUGUUGAUGAUUUAUUUCCAAACAAAUUUUUAGGACAUUGCUUCGUAAAUCAAUUGAAAAUUAAACGAAUGUAAAGAGUCUAGAAAACAAGUAUGGGAAUAGCAAAUUUUAUUGUUUUGAAUUCGUUUUGAUUAUGUCUGCUCGAAACUAUUUAUCGGCACGGGAAAAAAGUAUAAGUAAACUAAUCGAUUGUUUGCCAAAUAUUAACCAGCAGAAAUUUGGUUAUCGUUCGGGGCAGGAGCUGCCGCCCUUGUCAGCAAAUACGAGCAGUUUUGUGAACCGAAAUUUGAAUUAUUCAUUUGAAGUGCAACCUUAUAUGGUAAACAGUCUGGAGAGGGCCGGGACACCGUUUUCAGACUUUUUCUCCGAGAGUGAAACCGGAACUCCAGAUUUCCACAGUGAGGAAAGCGACAGUAGUUCUGGGUCAGCACUGCGCCGCAGCACAGCUGAAGCUACCAAGACAUUGGCAGCUGAGUGGGAUCGGAUUGAGAGAACUUUGUACAAUGAGGAUGGGGAGAAGUGCACAAGACCACAGAUUGUUGACGAGUGCAAGCAGUGGAGACAGCUACACCCACAACUCAGAGUCGUCGGCAAAGCUAUUCAAUUGCCCGAAAAACGUUUAUCGUACAGACAGAUGGAACACGACGAGGUCAUCGCUAUGCAUUACAGCGACUACGAAGAGUUCAGCGAGAGCGAGGAGCGGCUCUCGCAGAGUUCCACUGAUGUCACGCCUCAGAACUCGCCCCGCGUCUCUAUCGAGGACUUGGGCGAACACAGGCUGUCCAGGGAAAAGGUAUCCUUCUAUCCAAUGUAUAAUGACGAAUCUGAUUUACCCGACGCCUUCUGCUCUCUGCUCCAAAUCACACCGAUACAAAUUCAUAGCCCCUAUAGAAAGAGACAGAAUCCGUCCAUUCUGAGGUCUGAGCUAGCGUCCUCCAAGUGGAUGAGGAAUCCUAGGCCUGAUUCAUCGUUAAAUUGUGAUAGAAAUAGUGCUAAGUCUUUUGUUUCGUUGGAUACUAGAAAUUACGGGAAUAUGGCGAUGAGUGCGUCGGAAAGGAACAUGUUAAUAAAUAAUAGAGUUGUAACUGCAAGGCAUAAAGACUUGGCAAGAUUAGAGCCUAUAUGCACGCCGGAGAUACCGCAGGGCGAUGCCGCCCGGCUGCCGAAUGGUAUUGCAUCUCAUUAUAACAUAAGAAAGGUCUCAUUGCCGCCUUUGCUUUUAGAAGAAGAGAAGAAAAAGGUGACUGUCGGUUCUGCUAAGAAACACAAUCUUAAAAGUAGGAAGUCGGUCUCUAGAGGGAUGUUUCAGUUGGACAGGGUGAAACAUAAUUGACUAUGCCAUUUCAAGAUUUUAUUAUUCAAUAUCUAAUUGUGGUUGGUGAGCCUUGCUGAA